AUGGAGUAUCGCGGUGGCAGCCCCGACGUGCCGUCGCUCCUCGCCGACGUCGAGGCUGGAGACCUCGACGGGUUCGACGUCGUCACCCCGAGCCCGCAUGCUGGACCCGGCCCAAGCCAAGACCUCCACCACCACAUGACGUCCCGCGCUCCGGUUCCGCUGCUGGAGCGCGUGGCACGGCGCAGCGAGGUUGUCUUCCCGCCGCUGGACUCGCCGUUCCAGGCUCCGGGGUACCGUUCGGUGCAGCCUGUGUCCAUCAGCCUGCCGGCGUCGCCGACGGGCUUCGGCGUGCCCCUCCCCGUCUCCGUGGGCUCCGGCGAGCCGGACGACCUCCGGAGGCAGGCCAUGUCGAACGCGGCACGCGACGCGGAGGCCGCACAGCUUGGUCAAACAGAGCAGGGCAAGGGGAGCAGUAACGUCAGGUUCGUGCAGCCGGACAAGGUGGUAUUCCGGUCGCAGCCGAUCCCCGGCGGCAAGCCGACGGCCCGCCGCGCGACGUCGAACCGCGGCGGCCGGAUGAUGUCCCGGGACAGGCGCUACGACUCGUUCAAGACGUGGUCCGGGAAGCUUGAGCGGCAGCUCACCCAUCUUGCCGGCGCCGGGCCGGAGGUCCCCGAGGAGGAGGACGGCGACCACGACAGCAUCAGCGGCCACCACAGCAAGUCCAUGCCUCAGGUUGAUCGCUUCUUCGCCGCGCUCGAAGGCCCCGAACUGGACCAGCUCCGGUCGUCGGAGGAACUGGUUCUGCCAUCGGACAAGACGUGGCCGUUCCUGCUGCGGUUCCCGGUCUCGGCGUUCGGCAUCUGCCUCGGCGUGAGCAGCCAGGCGAUCCUGUGGAAGACGGUGGCUACGUCGGCGCCGACGAGAUUUCUUCACGUCACCACCAAGGUGAACCUGGUGCUGUGGUGCGCCUCCGUCGCGCUCAUGUGCAUCAUCGCGGCCAUCUACGCCUGCAAGGUGGUCUUCUUCUUCGAGGCCGUCCGCCGGGAGUACUACCACCCGAUCAGGGUCAACUUCUUCUUCGCGCCGUGGAUCGCCUGCCUCUUCCUCGCCAUCGGCGUGCCGCCGUCCGUCGCGACGGAGCUGCCGCCCUGGCUCUGGUACGCGCUCAUGGCGCCCGUCCUCUGCAUGGAGCUCAAGAUCUACGGGCAGUGGAUGUCCGGCGGGCAGAGGCGGCUGUCGAAGGUGGCGAACCCGUCGAACCACCUGUCGGUCGUCGGCAACUUCGUCGGCGCGCUGCUCGGCGCCUCGAUGGGGCUCAAGGAGGGCCCGGUCUUCUUCUUCGCCGUCGGGCUGGCGCACUACACCGUGCUGUUCGUGACGCUGUACCAGCGGCUCCCGACGAACGAGACUCUGCCCAAGGAGCUGCACCCGGUGUUCUUCCUCUUCGUGGCGGCGCCGAGCGUGGCGUGCAUGGCGUGGGCCAAGAUCGCCGACGAGUUCGGCCUCGGCUCCAGGGUCGCCUACUUCAUCGCCAUGUUCCUCUACGCGUCGCUCGCCGUCCGGAUCAACUUCUUCAGGGGGUUCAGGUUCUCGCUGGCCUGGUGGGCGUACACGUUCCCGAUGACCGGCGCCGCCAUCGCCUCCAUCCGCUACUCCACCGAGGUGGACAACGCGUUCACCAAGGCGCUCUGCGUCGCGCUGUCCGUGGUGGCCGUGCUCACCGUCAUGGCGCUCCUGGCCACCACGAUCGUGCACGGCGUCGUGCUCCGGGACCUCUUCCCCAACGACAUCUCCAUCGCCAUCACCGAACGCAACGUCAAACCCAUCGUGGAGCUGCAGGAGAGGCUUGACGACAAUGGAAGCUCCAUUGAUGAGCAUAGCAACGAUGUCGAGACCGGCACGGCAACAGCGACAGCCACAGCCAACAGUGCAAGCAUCAUCUGAAACUUGCAUAUGACUAGCAUCGAGGAUGACACGCGGCAACACAUCAGUGUUCUUGCGCGAGACACGAUGGCCGCCAGUGGGGUGGCCGAGCUUACGUGGCCUGCUCGCGAGGCACUAAGAUUACCUCGUGGACUCGUGGUGUAAAUUAUGAGAAGAUGAAUGUUUUUGCUUCUUUUUUUUUUUAGUUUUACGGACUGUAAGAAGAGAAGAACCUGCAACUUUCUUGUACUAGUAAGUAGUAAUCAGUGAUCCUACGUUUAUUUAAGCUGGGGGUAAAUGUACUGUACAACUAAGACCGUGUUUGGUUGAG